UUCCAUGUUGAUGACAAAGAUGAGUUUGAGAAGUUUGUCUUUGUUGGAAGUUUGCCGCUCGUCUCAGCAGCACAUUUGCUCCGACGGCUUUUAAAUUGUAUUUUGAAAUUCAUUCAAAUUAAAAAGUCAUAAAUACCCCGGGCGUUAACUCGGAGGAGUACUUUUUAUUUUUGUUUGUUGGACUCUCCCCCCCCACACACAGGCCACCAUGUCCUGGGGCGCCCUGUACGCCCAGCUGGGCGGCGUCAAUAAGCACUCGACCAGCCUGGGCAAGAUCUGGCUGUCGGUGCUGUUCAUCUUCCGCAUCACCAUCCUGGUGCUGGCCGCCGAGAGCGUGUGGGGCGACGAGCAGUCCGACUUCACGUGCAACACGCAGCAGCCGGGCUGCAAGAACGUGUGCUACGACCACUUCUUCCCCGUGUCGCACAUCCGCCUGUGGUGCCUGCAACUCAUCUUCGUGUCCACGCCGGCCCUGCUGGUGGCCAUGCACGUGGCCUACCGCAAGCGCGGCGACAAGCGCACCAUGCUGUCGUCGUCCAACGGCGCCGAGAAGCCCAGCGACGUGGACCUGGAGACGCUCAAGCGCCGGCGGCUCCCCAUCACCGGCACGCUGUGGUGGACGUACACCUGCAGCCUGUUCUUCCGCCUGGUUUUCGAGGGCGGCUUCAUGUACGCGCUCUACUUCAUCUACGACGGCUUCCAGAUGCCGCGGCUGGUCAAGUGCGAGCAAUGGCCCUGCCCCAACAAGGUGGACUGCUUCAUCUCGCGCCCCACCGAAAAGACGGUCUUCACCAUCUUCAUGGUGGCCUCGUCGGCCAUCUGCAUGGUGCUCAACGUGGCCGAGCUGGGCUACCUGGCGGGCAAGGCGCUCAUGCGCUGCGCCGGUCGCCGGCGGAACCGGAAACUGGCGUACAACCGCGAGGAAACGGCCAGGCGGGACGACUCCGGCUUGCAGAACAAGACCAACGAGCUGCUGCUCUCGCCGCCCUCCUCGGACUCGUCCGUACGCAAGACCGUGUGCUGAAGGAGACAGAACGGAACGGCGAGGCCGGCGCGUCUGCUCCAGAUGCUUCUAGAAUUUCGACAACCUCGACGGGUGGUCUCGUUUUCUACGUACGCUCACGACGACCAUUUCCCGUUGUCGCCGCUUUGAAUCGUGUCGGGACACACCUCCGUUCGUCAAUCAGUGCUUGGAUAUUAUCGAUUGUAUGCGUCCCAACGUCACUACUUGACUUGUCGUUUUUUGAUACUCAAGCACGACUGGUUCAGGAAACGUUUACAUUUGGCCACAAAAAAUACAAACCCCAAUUCCAGUGGCGCUGGAAUGUGUUAAGAGAAAUAAAAAGCAGAAUCCGAUGAUGAAAACUCGAUACGCAAGUGACUAAACAAGAUAUUUCAUGUUCAAACUAGUAGUUUUUUGUUCAAUCUGAGUCGGUCGGGGACAAGAUUUAAGAUUUGUAGGAGAUAUUCUUUCCAGUACUUGAUGCACAAGUUCAAUUGCUCAACAGUCUGGGGUCUCCUUUGUCUUAUUUUGCACUUCGUAACGGGCCACAAAAUUUCAACGGGAGGCGGGUCAGGACUACUGGCGGACCAGUUUCCUACUGCAGUGAUUUUCAGACACUUUUUUUUUUUUUUUUACCCAUGAUACCCGUUCCCAACUAACAUGUUCACCUGUGGAAUGUCAAUCAUCAAGUUUGGCAGACUUUUUUUUUUUUUUGUGCCGCAGGGAUUAAAUUUGAAAGAAGAAAAUAUUUGAAGAAAAAAACUUUGAACAUGAAAUUUCUUGUCUUUGUAGUGUAUUAAAUAGAAUAUAGGUUGAAAAGGAUUUGCAAAUAAUUCCGUUUUUGAUUGGAAUUGGGGAUUUGUGUUUUCCACAGCAAAUGUUUGCAAUAUUUGUACAUAAAAGUGCAACAUUUGUGUACCAAAAUGCAGCAAAUGGACAGAUCAAAUUUAAUUUAUAUUGUCCAAAAACUGAUAUUUGUCCAUUAAAGUUAAGUUAUGGCACGGAACGCAAAAGGUUAUGCUGCUCAAACACUGUUGAGAAAAAAGGUCACAAAACAUUUUCCAAUACAUUUUUUUAAAGUGUAACAUUUGCGCACAAAAAUAAGCGAUAGAUGACCGCAAUACAUUUUGCCACGGGGAGAUAUUUGCUUCCAAAAAGACGCACGGGACCACAAAAAUAUCGUACGGCGUACGUCGGUUUGCCAAAGGAACAACUGUGAGUGGUGUUCCUCAGGGAAAACAUUUGGGUCCACUUGUUUUCUACCAAAAUCAAAAAGGAUUGCAAACACUUUUUGUCCUCGGGGGUCCUAAAAGUGGGUUCUGCUCUUUCUAGUUGGAUCCAAAGUAUUUGAACGUCCAUUUUGUACAAGUCUAGCUCCUAUUGUGUAUCAAAUACUGUAAAAGAAUGUACUUCAAAAGACACAACAGGAGCGUGACUGCGAGUGUGAUGUAACUUUUGAUGUUUACUUUUUAUUUAUUAACUCCGGUGUGGUGUUGUGUUAUUUUGUCACAGCUGAGCUGAGUGUUUUUUCUAGACCCCCCCAACCCCCACAUUUACUUACAUGCAUUAAACUUGUUUGUCGCUGCGUUUUUGUGAUAUAAAAAUGGAAGCGUGCUUGACACCCUCAUGUUCGUAACUCUACCUAGCAACUAAAAAUGGAAUAAAUGUCAAACGCUAACUUCAAA